AUGCGGCUGAUAUGGGAUGCCAUCGUCGGCUGUUUGACUGGACAAGGAUGGUUCGGCGAUUGGUUGCUGCCCGAGUUUGGGUUCGCUCCGCGGCCUAAACAUGCGGUGUGGGAGGGUUGCAUGGGCAGCAGGUCGACGAACAGCGGCCUGCAGGCGAGCCAGAGCCAAAAGGGCAACCGGGCGCGCAGCACAGCACAGUCCGUUGCGCGUGAUGUGCGGGUGGACAUCGUCUUCUUCGUCGUCUUCGUCUUCUAUUUAUGCUCCGUAAUUUUGCAUAUUCACGUUUGA